CAUAAAGGAAAAUGGUUUGAGAGGACUGUAGCUUUAUCAAAAUAAGUAAACCUCAUCUUAUAACUCAUCAAAAAUUACAAUUCAAGUAUUGGUAGACUUUUACAUUGCUUAUCUCUUCUUGAGCACUAUUGUUGUGAAAAAAAUUAAGAUUUCAAGCUCUAAAAAUAGUAUAUAUUGUAACAAAUUAUCUAUUUAGUCUAUUUUGCUUUAAAAGAAGUGUUCAUAUAUUAGCAAGAUGAAUAAAUAUUUUUGUGUUUUAAAAAUUUUGUAUCGGUCUAAGAAAUUGAUUUUAGAGAUAUCGUAGACACAUUCGCUGCCUACUUUCCGAAUCAUUCGAGGUGAGGGUUUAUUUUAUUGUUUCAUAAAGCCUAAGCCUCAUGAAACCUCAUCCUACCAUGAAACUUAUCCAGCUGCCCAAGUCCCGUAAUCUGAACGGAAGAUCCUUCUGCCACGAGGUAAGAUCAGACGGUCCAAAAAUGGUACACAUGGAGUACCGGUUUGCAUUUCCACCUCGUCAUCAACGAACCCAACUGCUUGCUUCGACUGCAUCGCUAUCGCUCAAGUAGCAAAUAUGUCUACUCUCUCAUUCUCCUGUCUCUGCUUUGCUCAAUUUUUUGUGGAUUCAGAAACCCUAAGCUUAUUCCCUCAACAGAGAGGCUUAUUGACUUCUGAAAUUCUUCAUGAUGGAGCCUAACCAUUCUCAAGAAUUUGACAUGCACCUGAUUGGAAGUUUUCUCAGUUGUGCUUCAAGGGGAGAUAAAGUGGGCCUGAAUCAAAUGCUUAGGGAUGGUAUCUCACCAGAUGUGCAGGACUAUGAUAAGAGAACAGCUUUGCAUCUUGCAGCCAGUGAGGGACAUGCUUCCAUUAUCGAGUUACUUCUAUUAUACAAGGCCAAUGUUAAUCUUAAAGAUCGUUGGCAGCGAACUGCUUUAACAGAUGCCAAACUCUACGGGCAUAAGGAUAUAUGCAGAAUUUUGGAAGUAAAUGGAGGAAGAGACCCAAUUGGAGAGGAUCCAUUGGGAUUUCCGCGUGAGGAAGGUUUGACAGAAGCAAAUAUUGAUCUCUCGGAGUUGGAUUUGGAGCAGUCAAAAAUAAUUGAUCAGGGUGUCUCCGGUGUUUCUCAGAAAGUUAAAUGGCGUGGAACUUGGGUAGUGAAGACUAUGAUUACAACAGGAAUUUAUUACCCAGGAAGAAUAAAAUUAUCUGCUAAGGAAAUGUCUCUUCUGAGGGAACUACGGCAUCCUAAUAUUUUAGAAAUUCUUGGUGCAAUUGAACAUGAGGAUGAGAUGAUCCUAAUCACAGAGUACUUAUCAAAAGGAAACUUAGCUGAUAUAUUGAGAAAGAAACUACGACUUGACCUUCAAACUGCAGUCCGUUAUGCUUUGGAUAUUGCUAAGGGCAUGAAUUACCUUCAUCAGCACAAGCCCUACCCUAUUAUUCACAACAAGUUGUGUUCCAGGAACCUGUUGCUAGAUGAUGGAGGGCAUUUGAAGAUUGGAGAGUAUUGGAUACAGAUGCUAUAUGGCCAGAAAAGUCCUCAUGAAAAUUCAUGUAGUAUGGAGGGAAUGGUAGAGAUUGGUCAAAGAAAUGGAGGUGAUGAUUUCAUUCAAAAUUUAUCAUAUGCCACUGGGAGAGAUUUGUAUUCAUUUGCACUCAUUUUCUAUGAGGAAUCACACAAGUUUGAACCAAAAUUUAAAUUCAGCCGAUGCCCUGUAAGGAUUCAGAAGUUGAUACGUGACUGCCUGAAACAAGAGCCUAUGGAGAGGCCAACAUUUGCUCUUGUAAUUAGAAUCCUGGAAGAAGAAGCAGAGUCCUUUGUCAAGCCAAGCUGCCCAGUCUGUUAAAGUCGCUAACACAUUCAUGUAUUGCAUAUGAUAGGUAUAUUGUGAAGUCAUUCACGUCUUGAAUGGACCAGAGUUCUGAGAGUCCAUCCUUUGUACAUUCUCCAGUCCCGAAUAAAUUCAGUCUAAUAUGACUGCAUGUAAAGAUCACCUGUAUGAAGAAAGUGAAAAAUGCUCGACUCUAAGACCAGUACAUGAAUCAGGCUUGUAGUGAAAGACAUUGGAAUCAUGGAGCAAUUUAUGGAUCGGCCUAUACUAGUGAAAUUGCAUGGUUCAAUUCUCAUA